GUUUUGAUUAUUCAAAGAAGAAAAAUAUAAACAAAUACGGAGUACUCGUAGGUUCAAACAAGUUAGCUCUCACUUUCAUCAUAUACUCUGUCCAGCUUCUUUUAUUUUCUAGGUUCUCUCUCGCACAUGAAAUAAAAUUAAAUAAAAUAGAAUGGCAAAUAAUGAAGAAACAGUGGUGAUCAUUGUCGGCGCCGGUCCGGCAGGUCUCGCCACCGCCGCCUGCCUGUACAAGCUCUCCAUCCCUUACAUCCUCCUCGAAAAAGAGGACUGCCACGCCUCCAUUUGGAAGAAGUACUCAUACGACCGCCUCCACCUCCACCUGGCCAAGCAUUUCUGCGAGUUGCCGAACUUCAGUUUCCCGGCGACAACUCCGACGUACGUUCCGAGGAAAGAGUUCGUUAACUACUUGGACGAAUAUGCCUCCCACUUCAAAAUCACCCCUCGCUGCAAAAGGGCGGUGGAGUCGGCGACGUACGAUGAGGUUGCCGGGAAGUGGAACGUGAAGGCCGGAGUGACAGACUCUAGGGAGGUGGAGGAAUAUUCCGGCAAGUUUCUUGUGGUGGCCACCGGAGAAUCGAGCGUUCCUUAUAUUCCUGAGGUGACGGGGGUUGAGAGAUUCGCCGGAGAAAUCAUCCACUCGACCCAGUAUAAGAAUGGCGAGAAGUAUAGGAAUAAAAGAGUUUUGGUGGUCGGAUGUGGGAAUUCCGGCAUGGAGAUUGCUCUUGAUCUUUCCAACUAUGGGGCAAAGACCUCCAUAGUUGUACGGAGCCCGUUUCACCUUAUAACUAGAGGAAUGGGAGACUUGGCUCUUACAAUGUUGAAGUACGGUCUGCCUUAUUGGCUUGUUGACUCAGUCCUGGAGCCGCUCAGCAAAUUUGUUUUUGGAGACAUAACUAAAUACUAUGGGGUUAAGAAGCCCAAGGACGGUCCGUUUACGAACAAAGUCAAGAACGGCAAAUAUCCCGUUUUCGACGUCGGGACCCACGCCAAGGUUAAGUCCGGCGAGAUUAAGGUGUUGCCAGCGAUGGUAAAAAUGGACGGCAGUGAUGUCGAAUUUGAGAACGGCACCUCCUAUCCAUUUGACGCUAUUCUUUUCGCUACCGGCUUCAAGAGAUCCACCGCCAAAUGGCUUCAGGGUGAUGAAUAUUUGUUAAAUGACGACGGACUUCCCAAGCAAGAAUUUCCGAUGCACUGGAAGGGGAAGAAUGGGCUCUAUUGCGUCGGGCUGGCUAGGAGAGGAUUGUAUGGGAUUUGUUUUGAUUCCCAAAACAUAGCCAAUGAUAUUAAAAUGCUCGUGUAAUAUUCCAUAAUACUCCCUCCAUCCCGCAAUUAAGUUACCAAUUUUCUUUUUGGAUAGUUCCUAAAUUAAGUUCACACUUUCUUACUUUCCUUUUUUGGCAAAUUAUCUACAUCAAAACAGUGUCAAACAGUGCAAAAUAAUGUCCAAACAGUGCAAAACAGUGUCCAAACAAUGCAAAACUGUGCAAAACAGUGAACUCCACAGUAAAGUUAAAUUUAUUUUCCUAAUAUGUGUGAAGUCAAACCGGAAACUUAAUUGGGGGACGGAGGGAGUAUAAUUUUCUUCCAUUAUUUUUGUGAUUUGAAACUAUUCUAUUGGGGUGUAUUUCCGCAAAUAAAAUCACAAGUAGCCAUGUACAAUUCUAUUUUGUUAGAACGGACUGUUCCCAGCUUCACAAUACAUUUUCUAGACUCCCAAAUUUGCUA